AUGACUGACCAACAAACCUGGCUUGUGACUGGCUGCUCCUCUGGUCUGGGAGAAUGUCUAGUCCGGGCAAUCCUUGCGGCAGGCGAUCAAGUGAUCGCAACGGCUCGAGCGCGAGACAAGAGCGCCCUUGAACGUCUAGCUCCUCUGAAAGAGGCAGGGGCCGCUGUGUUGGAGCUAGACGUGACGGCACCAGCAGAAGUGCUCAAUGCCAAAGCUAAAGAAGCAUGGUCAAUCUACGGGAAAGUCGAUGUCCUGGUCAAUAAUGCCGCCUAUAUUGACGCAGGCGUUUUUGAAGAGAUCGACGAAGCAUUCCUGACUCGUGCCCUUCGCAACAACGCCUUUGGGCCUCUUAACCUUACGCGCGCCUUUCUACCAUACAUGCGGAGUCGGCAGAUGGGAACCAUUGUGUUCAUGUCAUCCGUUGGCGCUUAUUAUGGUGCACCAGGCGCGAGCGCAUACGCAGCGUCGAAGGGUCUACUUGAAGGACUGGUGCCCAGCCUCGCCCUUGAAAUCGAGCCAUUUGGCCUCCGAACUUGCAUGGUCACGCCUGGGUAUUUUCGUACCAGUGUUAUGUCAUCGGGAAAUAUUCUAUACCGAGCCCCAAAUCCAUUGCCGGAAUACGCGGAGAUGAAUAAACUAAUUCAGGCGGGUUGCAGUGCCACCGAUGGCAAUCAGCCAGGGGAUCCUUCCAAAGCAGCAGCCCUGGUUGUGGAUGCUGUUAAGUGUCAGGGUCGUUGUGCUAGCAAACUGCUUCCUGCCCUACUUCCGGUUGGACCGGAUGCAUUGAAGGCAAUCAGGGAUAACUCCCAAGCCAAGUUAAAGAUAUGCGACGACUGGGAGGAUAUGGCAUCCGCUACCAAUUUGUAA